GAAACGCUGGUCAAGUCUGUCGGCUGAAUCCCGCAACCGGAUACCGACUACAGUUGCACGCCAGGAGCACCAACAUCCAGCCUUUGCUCCCGCAUCCCUACAUUGCUACCUCGUCCGAAAGUGCUGCUCGCACCGAACGCUCACCCACAUAUAUUAUUGAGACUGAGAAAGCAGUCUGAGGACCACCCGGCGUGGACCCUCACAACCACUCAGGGGAGACACCAGGCGCGCUUGCAAGAGCAUCGUGUGCGGUACCUGAGCUUCGUCUUGUGCUUCUCGCUGCGAAGAUGGCUCAUCCUCCUCCCUCGUACUCUCCCUAUCUGGGUGAGACGCCCGAGGCCGGACCCAGCUCACCCUUCACUGCAGCCAGAAGGCUCUCACGCCCCUACUCGCCUGUUCCUCGGUCUCCCUCUAGCAUGACAGGAGAUGGACGUCGACCCUCUGGCAGUCUUCAGACACCCUCGAGCCCCCUCCGGCGGGUAGCCUCGCCCUUCGAAGGCGGUCCCGCAGACGAGAACAACCCUGGCCGGCGGCCCUCGUGCGAGUCCUUCCGCACAGUAGGCAGGAGCAGCUUCUCUGGGCCUCCCUCGCCCAACAGGGCGGCCCCACAGACCGCCUCUGCCUCUUCCUCCUUUGCAGGACCUUCUUCACCCGCUUCGACAGCAAGCCUGCCUUCACCACCACCACCACGGCCGGGCCCCCUAAAGCGACCGAUACGAGGCUUGUCCCUCAAUAUCCCACCGGGCCCACUGGCAUACGGCGGCCUGACUCAAGUCGUUUCAUCUGGCAGUAGCGAUGGCGGGAUGCUCCAGGACAAGGCGUCUGCUCCUCCAGUCACAGCCUUAGAAGGGCCCGCAUCGAUAGUGGAAGCUGCCUCUUGGGGCCCUAGCGGCAGUCCAAGGAGGAGUAGCAUGACUAGCGUCCAUGUCAAUCUAUCUCCACGGUCAUCGCCGCGGAAGACGCCAUCGUCUGCUACUUUGCCGCUCAAGGCAGGCUUGUCCAAGAAGCGCCCAGCGCGGUUGAAUCUAGCCCCCUCGCCAUCUACGCCCAACUUUGUGGCUCAGCAGGGGGACAUCGAAGGAGGAGCAGAGGAGGAAUCAGAGACAAGAGAUGGCGUUGAGGAUGAACUGCCUCGACAGGCAGAGACAGGACGGGGAGACAGUCUACGCGUGCCCGGCCCAGCCAACCCUCCGAGGCAUCAGUACUCUUCGACUGUGGACGAAGUGGCAGCGAGGAGAGAGACCUCACCCUCUUCGGCCAAACGCAUGGGCGUCGAGCUGUCGCCGAUACAGGAGAGGGAGAAGCAGAAUCUACGCAACACCUUGACAGGUAGACCACGCAGACGGCCCAGUAUGCCCUUUUCCAAUGUCAGGUCUGAACGUACAGUCUCCGCAAAACAACUUUCACAGCCAGUCAGCAAAAAGUCGCUUCCAGAGUCCUGGCAAGACCCAUCCGAGCACUCGCUCUCGGGCGAAGGCUCUAGCUUGCAACAUGCGCGAAGCGUCUACGCUGCUGGCCCCAUUGAGGUUCUGCCUGGCCUAUUCUUGGGUGACGAGCACAACGCGAAAGACGACGACCUCUUGGCCGAGUACAAUAUCACGACUAUACUCGAUGUUGCAAAGGAGACACUCUCCCCUCUGCCGUCAAUUGCGAGUACGGCUAGUCGAGGUCCAAGGACCGUCGGCCCAGAUCGAUGGUACUCCGUGUUGCCUGCCCUUCCCGAGACUCGUGGCCGCUCACCUGGCGCAAGAGCCUUCUCGAUGUUGCCCGUCCUUGAACACGAGACUUACCUCACUCCUUCUGCAUCGCGCUUCUCUGGAGGUCUCGGAAGCAAGGACAAUACUCCUUCCGCAAUGAACUUUCCCGCAGAUGCUCAUCAGACUCCUCUGCAGCGCUCUCCGAGUGUGGUCCCGCUGCAGCAACCCCCACCACCGAGUAUCAUGGAGCAUGGGCCAUCUCCGCCUUCUCAUCUUCUACGCAACUCGCUCUCUACGCCUAAUCUCCAGCUAGAGUUCAAGCUGGAUGGAAGCUCGGAUGUAGAAGGUGACCAGAACGGCGCUCCGAGCAGUAGCGUAGGAACAUCUACAGACGAGGAGUCUGAGGCGCGGGCUUCGGACCGGGGAGCCUUUUCUAUUGCGUCUGAUGCCAGUAGUGCUGUGACGGAAGCCACAUCUCCUGGAACUUCUUCAGAAGCUGACGAAGAGCGGGGCAGCAAGGAAAGGCAUGGGAGUGGGAUUGGUGACAGUCGCAGUCCAAUUGAGCGGCUGAUGCCUCCGGCCGUCGAAUUGCCGCAAGAUGCGCUCAUCUCCGUCAUUCCUCCUUCGCCCAUCUCUGGCCGAACCGAAGCCAUCAACUACGUCAAGCUUCCCUGGACACACGAGCAGACCGAGCUCGCCUUGCCUGGAGGAGGCUUCGUGCAGGGCUGUGCGAUCAUAGCUCACUGCCUCGGCAUAGAUUACUUUGGUCGCCCUCUUAUCGAUCCUGACUCCGGACAGAGUGUCAAGAGGGGCAACGUACUCGUGCACUGCCAGUGCGGAGUCUCCCGGAGCGCUACCCUGACCAUUGCCUUUGUGAUGCAAUGCGCUGCUCUCAACUACCCCUUUGACAAGACUAGAAGUCUGACGGGAAUGCACGAUUGCUACAAUCUGGUCAAGGACCUCUCCUCGAGUGUAUCGCCGAACAUCUCUCUGAUCUAUCAGCUAGUGGAGUGGGAGAGACAUUUGAGCAGUGAAGCUGCUCGGCUGCGGGAAGCCUUGAAUGCUAGCACGCAGGAGCAGCUAGUCGAGAGUGGACUAUUGCACGCUACUCGUGCUGCCUCGACUGAAUCCCUACAAGGGGCCGGCGGCGACCCUUCGACGUCGACUUCACCCAGCGAUGGCUCAUCCAAAGUCACUCCAGCCGUACAGGUGGGAUGGUCCAACGAUGCAAUGGGCGAGGAGGAGUGGACAAGAAUGCGUCGCGAGGAGGAGCAAAAGGAGGAGGUGGAGCGUUCUGAACGCAAAAGACUCGUCGAGGAAGAGGCCAAGCGACAGGCAGAGGAAAGGCGCAGGAGAGAGGAGCGGGGAGGGAGUAGUGUUGCUUCACCUGCAGGAAGGGACGCUUCGAUGGGACGAGAUAGGUCCUUCAGUGGGGGGCUCAGUGCAAGGAGACGCAAGCAGGCACCAUCUCUGCAGCUUGGCAGCGGUGCCACUCGCUCAAGCGGCGGUAGUGCCGGCGUGCCCACUCUGACUGUCACCUCUUCUUCAAGCGGCGGCGGCGGCGGCGGUGGUGGCGGCGCUAGCUCGACCUCCUCCUCCUCCUCUGAUCUGGAUGCUCCGUUGCGCAGUGCUAGACUAGAUGGUGCCUUCCCUUCGGGACUAGCCGCCGCAAGCGAGUCUGCGAAUUCGGUCCCUCGGUCCCGAUCGGGAUCAGGGAGAGGCGGCGCACCACCCUCUCUGGCCCGACUGCUGGAGAAGACUUCCAUUGCUGAGGAGAAUGAGCAGCCCGAGUCGCCGCUGCGCACCGCCACUGCCUCGUCUGGGUUGUUCCCUGCUCAUGGGUCGGAUACACCCAAGGUGGCAGAGUCAGUCUCUGGUCUCUCUGACACGCUCGCGACUAGUGAGCCCAAGGACUCCGUUGCAACAGAGCAGGCUGGCUCCACUUCUGCUGGCGAGUCGACUCCGAAGUUCCUCUCAGCAGCAGGAGCGAGCGCAAGACCCUACUCCUUUGACGCACUACCGUCCGAGAAGGCCUCUGCCUCGACCGGGGACGAGGAGAGCGAGAAGCAGAAGCUUCGUCCUUCCUUUCCGGGCUCAUGGACCAUGCGUCAGUCCCUCUCGCACGGAGCUCUCCCGCCUUCUCUUCUACUCAGCAACGCCGGCACCACUGCCAUCGAUGGUGCUUCUCAUGUCGGCCCUGCCGCUGCUGCUUCUUCAUCCAUUGUUCCACCUCCCACUUUUAGGCCUCGCGUCAAUUUCGGACUGGGAAAAGGUGGGAUGAGCAGUGCGGAAAGAAAGAUGCAGCAUCGUCGUACCUUUUCGAGUGAGGUCAAGUGGGACGCAAUUCUUGCGAAGGCUACAGCUACGUCGAGCGCGACGAUUGCGACGGUAGCUCCUGCUGCUGCUGCUGGGGUGGUGACUGAGGAGCAGGACAAGUCGGGUGUGGCGGACCGUCAAAAUGAGAGCGGACGUGAUGGCAAGACUUUGCAGGAAGGAACAGGAGCGAUAGCGGCAGCGGCAGCGGCAGGAGUGCAGACUCAGCGACCUGGCCUUCUGCGGCAGGUGAGCGAGGGGAACAAUGUCCCGCGGAGAGGCUUGGAGGGCAGGCCAGCGUGAGAGGGACAGUCAGAUAGAAUAUUUUCCUCUC